AUGCCAAGCUCCUUCAGGCCAUCUAAAUGGGAAAGACUGAGGCGUGUGCUUGCAACUGGCACGUCAACGUGUGACCCUGUGUGCUAAAUAAUCCAACGUUCAAGGAAACUUGUGCGGUCUAAGGCGAAGUUCGACGUGUGCAUCAUCGAACUUUUCACCACUGAAUGUUUCCUCGGUAUCGUUCACGCUUUGAGCAUACCGAUCGUAGUCGAGGCGACCGAGCAGCGUGGCUCUGCCAUCGACCAACGACAUUGUGAGCAGUCCCGAAAUCCCCAGCUACAUUCCGAAACUAGAUAG